CGGGACUCCGGGAGCGUCGCCGCCGACGCUGGAGAGCAGGCGCUCAGCUCCGCCUGCUCCGUGUCCUCCGCUGCUGGCUGGCCGGAGCCCGCUCGCCCCGUCGCGCUCCCCGAGGGCAUGCGACAGCGGCGGGACGCUCGGCUCCCGGGCUCGGAGGCGCGGGCGAGCAACAGCGGACACGCAGCUCUUGUCCACCAUGAAUGAGUGUCACUAUGACAAGCGGAUGGACUUUUUCUACAACAGGAGCAACACAGACACGGCGGACGAGUGGACAGGGACGAAGCUCGUGAUCGUCCUGUGCGUUGGGACGUUCUUCUGCCUCUUUAUAUUUUUUUCUAACUCCCUGGUCAUCGCGGCAGUGAUCACGAAUAGGAAGUUCCACUUUCCCUUCUACUACCUGCUGGCUAACUUGGCUGCUGCGGAUUUCUUUGCGGGAAUCGCUUAUGUGUUCCUGAUGUUUAACACCGGCCCGGUGUCGAAAACCUUGACUGUCAACCGCUGGCUUCUCCGCCAGGGGCUCCUAGACACAAGCCUGACGGCCUCCCUGGCCAAUCUGCUGGUAAUUGCUGUGGAAAGACACAUGUCAAUCAUGAGGAUGAGAAUCCACAGCAACUUGACCAAAAAACGGGUGACGCUGCUCAUCCUGCUGGUGUGGGCCAUAGCCAUUUUCAUGGGGGCGGUCCCCACGCUGGGCUGGAAUUGCCUCUGCAACAUCUCGGCCUGCUCCUCUCUGGCCCCGAUUUACAGCAGGAGUUACCUCAUCUUCUGGACGGUGUCAAACCUCCUGGCCUUCUUCAUCAUGGUGGCGGUGUACGUGCGCAUCUACAUGUACGUCAAGAGGAAAACCAACGUCCUCUCUCCGCACACGAGUGGCUCCAUCAGCCGCCGGAGGGCCCCCAUGAAGCUAAUGAAGACGGUGAUGACUGUCUUAGGAGCCUUCGUGGUGUGCUGGACCCCGGGUCUCGUGGUGCUGCUGCUGGACGGCCUGAACUGCAAGCAGUGUAACGUGCAGCACGUGAAGCGCUGGUUCCUGCUGCUGGCGCUGCUCAACUCCGUCAUGAACCCCAUCAUCUACUCGUACAAGGACGAGGACAUGUACAACACCAUGCGGAAGAUGAUCUGCUGUGCCCCGCACGACAGCAACGCCGAGAGGCACCCCUCCCGCAUCCCCUCUACCAUCCACAGCAGGAGCGACACGGGCAGCCAGUACCUGGAGGACAGCAUCAGCCAGGGCCAAGUGUGCAAUAAAAACAGCUCCUAAGCCAAGGACGCCUCCGCCCUCUUCCCCUGGGGAAGGAGCCCUUAAGAGUCCUCGCCUGUCUCACAAAGCACAUGGACAGGGUUGUUUGAGGGCUCCGUGAAUCACUGCUGGGGCCUGUAAGUUUCCAUUGUCAAGGAAGAUAAGAUACUGUAUUUAGUAAGAAUGCACAGAAAAGGGAGAGAUGAACAGUGGGCUCCUGCUCGUCGUCUGCGAACCGCCCCGAACAUCCUCCAGCUCUCGCGCAAAGCAUGCUGGGCUCUGCCACCAUCUUGCCGCCAUGGUCUGUGUGUUUUCAAAGAUGGUGUUGAAGGUCCUAGGUCAAAAGAAGUAGUAAAUAAUGGUACCUGAGCCUCCAUGUGUAGCUGCUAGACUCUAGUUGUUUCCGCGUGGGUUUAAAACGUUCAGAAAAUAUUUUAGCAGUGGACUUGGAUUUCCCCAGAGGAGCCAUGGUCAGGAACUAGAUGUAUUGCAGAAAUCUGGAAACAAACUGUAUAGACUCUGGGGUAAACUUGGUGUAUAACCACGUGAACUUUCUGAGGAAAGAGAACAUUGCAAGGGUGGAAGUGUAGAAGCUCUUCUGGAAUGGAAAGAGCUUUUUGUCCUUUGUACACGUCGGUGUACAUGCUACACACACGGGUGUACAUCCACCUCUACUUAUACAAUUCAACUUCAUUUAACGAAGCCCAUCCGUGAUGGCGAGUUUAGAUCACUGCCUGGCUUUAGAGAUUGUCUUUAUGUUCUAAACAAGAAGAGAAAACACUGUUCACUUCUGAAGGGGCAACUGUACAGCAGAGUAAGUGAUGAUAUUGACCGGCAGGCUGAACCUCUUCCAAAUAGCGUCAAAUACGAGCAUGAUUAGAUCCUAGAUCCUCCGUCUUGGUGGUCUGGAUACCACUGAUGGGUUUGCUGGAUUCCAUGUUCAAAGAAACUGCACAUCUAGUAUUUUAACCAAAGCUGCCAGCAUACUCUAUCUUACUUGUGGACUGAAUUUUUGAUCUUGCAUUUUUUUUUCUCCUUCAAAGACCUAUGAAAGGCAGAUCAGUUAAAAACAAAAAUAGUGUUUCAUACACAUAGGCUACUGACCAGUGUUUUCUAUGUGAGACAUUUAGAGACUAUUCUGACUUAAAGAAUAACUUCAAGGCAGGUACUAUGGUAUUUAUGUAGUUUGCAAACGUUUACAUGUUCUCUCCCUCUCUCUCUCUCUCUCUCUGCUGUUGUGAUGUAACAUUUAUGUGCACAAACUACUUGUAAUAAAAGAUUUUAAGAAGUUGUGCUUUGAGAUAUGACGGCCUAAAAUAUAGAGCCGUAUGAUUUGAAGUCUUAGAUUUUACAUGCUUGAUGCGGUAGGUAGGUGUGCCCAAAGCUUAUGUGAAAGCUACCUAUAAAAUAAAAGUUUUAAAGGAUCUGUUAUCCUUUAA